AUGGCCGGUCAGACGCCAACGAAUAUCACCGGCGGCUGCCUCUGCGGCUCGGUCAAGUACACCGUUGCCGGCGGAUUCGGAUUCGGAGUUGUCUGCCACUGCAACAGCUGCCGCAAAUUUACGGGUUCGUCCUUUGGCGCGAACAGCUUAGUAGAGACAAAGAACCUCACCGUCGAAGACCCGGAGAAGAAGAUCAAGGUCUACAAGGCUGGGACGUCCAACUCGGGCAACUCGCUGGAGCGCUCUUUCUGCGGCGCCUGCGGCUCUUCGCUGUUCGUCGUCAGCGAAAAGGAUCCCGGCCGGAUCGCCGUCACGUCCGGGACGAUGGAUGACGUACAGGGCGUGGAGGGGGAUGGCGUCGAGCUGUGGAAGCCAAAACUGGAGUUCUUCUGUAUUCGCAAGGCGAACUUCGUCCAGGCCGUCCCGUUCUAUCUCGUGACUCAGAUGCAAUUCGGAGACGGAGAAGGAAAGAUAUCUGCCCCCGCUCGGAAGGCUGACAUACCAUCAGAGAUCGUCAAAAUGACCUCUCAUGAAGAUGGACCAAUCUUCCUCAACCCCAUAAUCCCGGGCUUCAAUCCAGACCCAACAAUCUGCGUAGUUCCGGCAACAGACUCAACCCCGACGACGUAUUUCCUAUCUACUUCCACCUUUGAAUACUUCCCAGGUUGUGCUAUAUACACCUCAACGGAUCUCAUCAACUGGAAGCUCAUCGGGCACGCACUCACACGCAGAAGCCAGAUCGAGCUGAGAACCGUCGAGCCAGGCGCCGGAAGUUGGGCGAGCACGCUGCGCUAUCGGCCUCAGGAGAAGCGCUGGUAUCUCGCCAACGGGCUCUUUCAGAGAUAUCGACCCACGAAUGAUGAGCGCAUCUUCCCUAGGGGAUUCUAUGUUUGGACAGAUAAUAUCUGGGAUGAAAACUCCUGGUCAGAUCCCGUAUACUUUGACAAUCCCGGAUUUGAUCAAGAUCUCUUCUGGGACGACGACGGAAAGGUCUAUCUCUCAACAACAGUCCGCAUGGGAAAGCGAACCCCAGGCCUCAAACUAAAAGACUUUGCCAUUCACAUUUCAGAAAUCGACAUUUCUACAGGUAGGACCCUCACCCCGCCGCAAGUGAUCCGUGAAUCCCCACACGGAAUCGCAGAAGGAUCACACAUCAUCCGCCGGGGAGAGUACUACUACCUCUUUACCGCCGAAGGCGGCACAGAAGCCGGCCACCAAGAGUGGGUUUUCAGAAGUCAGACGGGGCCAUACGGGCCGUGGGAGGGGCAGGGUAAGGCUCUGUGGUAUAACGGGCCCGAGGAGGAGGUGCAAAGGACCGGCCACUGCGAUGUCUUUCAUGAUGGCAAUGGCAAUUGGUGGGCCGUGCUACUUGGUGUCAGGCCUGUGAAGGCUGGGGAUGAAUAUCUUGAGCCGCAGAUGGGUCGAGAGACGUUCCUGGUGCAGGUUGGCUGGGUGGAUGAUUGGCCCGUCUUCAAUAAGGGUCGCAAUAUCGCACUCCAGACCGUCGGCAGGGAAGCGAUUGAGAAGGCCGCCGUCGCUGAUGCUGAUGGAGUCAAGUGGAAGGCAGACCUGUCCAGAUCAUCCCUGGAAAUUGGCUGGUAUCACAAGAAUACGCCUAUCAAGCCCUGCCAUAGCCUGACAGAACGUCCCGGCUACCUGAGGCUCUACGGGAACUGCUUUGAUCUCAAUAGUCCCGAAUCGCCGGCGAUGAUUUUGAGGAAGCAGACUUCAUAUAGCGAGACCUUCAAAGCUACAAUGCUCUUCAAACCUAGUCGGGUAGGGUACGAAUCUGGCGUUACCAUAUGGUGGAGUCAGUACUCCUACGCCACCAUUGGCAUUGGCGCAGUUCAACCACAAGAUGGAGGACCCGCCGUCCCGACAAUCAUCACGAGGGAGCCUACGGGCAAGGUCAACAAGCUCAAGCCGGUAAAGCUGUCCAUCACGGCGAGGUCCUCCGACUAUGAGAUGAGUCUCUCGGUCGAUGGGAUUACGACGACCAGGAUAUUCAAGUCGGAGGCAUUGACUGUCUUUCCUCCCGUAGGAGGUGCUUUCUGUGGCGUCAUGUACGGGAUUUACUCAUUCGGGCAGAGUGAACCGGUGCUGGAUCCUUCAGAUUUCACAGACAUUGAGAUCCUAGAAAUUUGA